CCAACCCGGAACCGUCUAUUCACCGUUUCUUCGCGUACGUUUUCUAGGGCUUUCUUUCGCUGAAAGUCGAAAUCUUUUUCCCCAAUUUCAUUCAUCCAAACCUCGAAAUCCCCUUCUCUUACUCCUCAAAUCCCCUUUCGUUCCAUAGAUUUCUAGGGUUUCUCCUACUUCAAUGUCUCCAAAGAAGCAGAACAUGCCCGCCGGAGAAUCAAAGGAAAUCGAAGACGACGGUGCUGCUGGCAACGGCCCCUACGACAAUCUCUUUGUCGGAAACAUUUCAGCCAUCGCCACCGACACUGAUCUCAUGGAGGUCUUUGCUAAGCACGGUGCUCUUGAUGCUGUCACCACCUACGCCGCAAGGAGCCAUGCAAUCGUCUUCUUCAAGAACGUCGAUGACGCCCGCGCUGCCAAGGAUGCUCUCCAGGGUGUCUUGGUAUGCGGCAGCCCAAUGAGGAUCAAGUUCGCUCGGCCGGACAAACCUGGCAGACUUCUUUGGGUAGGAGCAAUUAGUUCCUCUGUUACAAAGGAACAGCUAGAAGAUGAGUUUUCGAAGUUUGGAAAAUUUGAGGAAUUCAAAUUCUUCAGGGAUCGAAACUCUGCGCUUGUUGAUUAUUAUAAUUUGGAAGAUGCUGUUGCAGCCUUGAAAAAUAUGAAUGGAAAGCAUUUAGGUGGGGAGCAAAUACGAGUUGAUUUUCUGAGGUCGCAACAUUCAAGAAGAGAAAAGCCUGAUUCUCACGAUCCGAGGAAUGGACACUUCAACAAAAGAAAAAGGACAGGACGUGCUGAGCGGAUGCCGCCAGAUGUGACAAGAAAUUUUCACGCAUCUUCCCAGUUUGGACCAAAAAGGCAUCCGCCAUCUCAGAUGGUGGAAGGGCGAAGAGGAAAAGGCCAACCAACCAAAAUCUUGUGGAUAGGAUAUCCUCCAUCGGUUCAAAUCGAUGAACAGAUGCUUUAUAAUUCUAUGAUUCUAUUUGGUGAAAUUGAAAGGAUCAAAAGUUUUCCGUCGAGGCAUUAUUCAUUUGUAGAAUUCAGAAGCAUUGAUGAAGCUCGGCGUGCUAAAGAAGGUCUGCAAGGUCGUCUUUUUAAUGAUCCCAGGAUAAAGAUAUUGUUUUCGAGCAGUGAACUUGCACCUAGCAAGGAUAAUUCAGCAUUUCCCCCAGGAGUUGGAGAACCUGGACCAGAUAUGUUCUUUAAUGAACCUCCAUACGGACCUUGGCCGGUGGAGUUAAGUGGUCCUGCUCGUCCAAUGCAUCCAAGCAAUUUUCAUGGACCUACAAUGCCUAAUGGUAUGCCUGGACCAAAUAUCCCCAGGAGACCUUUUGGGCCACAAGGUUUUGAUCCACACCUACAAGGCCCAUUUAGUGAUACGGCUCACAUAUUUCAUAAUUUUCCAGACUUGAAUCCUAAUAUCCCGAUGGCUGCAAAUUGGAGAAGGCAUUCUCCCCCUCCACAAGGCAUGUGGCCUCCCUCCAGGCUCAUGCCUGGUACGUGGGAUAGAUUGGAAACAGAUCCUUCACAAUACGGGCCAAAGAGGCCAAGGAUGGGUGACCCGUCAUUCAUUGAUGAUACUCCAUUUCAUGCAAGAAAUAUGGAUAGUGAGGGAGGUGGAGUCCAAUUUGGGUUCAGACCACAACUCAAUAGAGAUGCUUCAAGCAUUCUCACAAACGGGCAAGUUGAAAUUAAUCACUGCCCUGUAGGUGUAAGGGGUCCGAGUGUAGACCAUCCCAGCCAUGCUGUGCAUCAGGGCCUUCCCAAUAAUGAUAACUGUUGGCAUGGUAUUAUUGCUAAAGGUGGAACUCCUGUUUGUCAUGCACGAUGUGUACCCAUUGGAAAGGGGAUAGACUCUCAACUCCCUGAAGUUGUGAACUGCUCAGCAAGAACAGGAUUGGAUAUGCUCACAAAACACUAUGCAGAGGCCAGUGGUUUUGACAUUGUUUACUUCUUACCAGACAGUGAAGAGGAUUUUGCUUCCUACACAGAAUUUCUGCAUUACCUGGGGACUAAGAAUCGUGCUGGUGUUGUGAAAUUGGAUGAUGGGACUACAUUAUUUUUGGUGCCACCAUCAGAUUUUCUAACCCAGGUUUUGAAUACAUCUUGUUCUGAACGUCUUUAUGGGCUGGUUCUUAAGUUGCCCCAUAAAUCAACAAGCAUAACCAUACAACAACCACAACAGCCUCAUGCCCUGCCAUCACAAUAUGUUGAUGGACAACAGUUGCCUCCUCCACAAACCAAUUAUAUUUUACCUCCUCAAAAGGACGAUCAGGUCUUGCAAGUGGACUAUAGGAGGAUUGUACAUGAGGAUUCGAUGCCUAAAGCAGGAGGUCCAAAACCACUGCUAGCCCAUCCAGAAGAAUCACAUUCAAUACAGCCUGGUUCCUUGGAUCACGUUGGUAAUCCUGCAGCACCUCCUCAGGCUGCAGUUUCAUUGACACCAGAGCUUAUUGCUACUUUAGCUGCUCUAAUCCCUGCCAGAACGCAAUCUGCUGCAUUAGCCAGUUCUCAAUUACCUGUUAGCUCUUCUACACGCCCGUCUUUGUUUCCAUCUUCUGUAACAACAUAUGAAGAGAUGUCAUCACAAGGGUGGAAACAAGAACAUCAAGCAAUAGCAUCUGGUAGCCUCUACAAUUUAGGACAAGAGAAGACAAGCCAUGUACAGAAUCAACUUAACAGUCAGGAUCUGGCUUUAUCUCAAUAUUCAACAUUUGUGAAUGUUGCAAAUGGGCCAGAGCACUCAACGCAAAUAAUUCCAGGUGGCACACAAGCUCAGGAAACUGCUGCUCUGGACUCACAACAAAUUGUUAUUCCUACCAGACCAAUGAAUAACUUCGUGAUCCCAUCCCAAGCAGGGCCGCAUUCAGUCUCCCAUGCUAAUCAACAGCAUCAGUUUGAUGCUUCUCAAAAUUCUCAGAACUAUGGUAUGGUGCAUACAGCAGUUGCUGCAGGAAUAUUUCAUCCACCAGUCCUUCAGCAACCCAAAACCACAGUAUCUACUCAGGUUGAGAGCAUUUCUCAACCACAAACAAGCAUGACAUUAGUAGCUGAGAAGGUAAAUCCCGAGUUCCCAAAUCAGGUUCCACAGCUACCUACUAUUGCAGCACCUAUCCAGGGCUCAUCAGAGGCCGAUACAGACAAAAGCCAGCGGUACCAAUCAACCUUGCAAUUUGCUGCCAAUCUUCUACUCCAGUUACAGCAGCAACAGCAGCAAGGAAAUGCACAAGCUUUGCAAGGCUCUGGCAGUCAUCCAUGAGAUGCAUUAGUUAUCAGGUUGUGGAGGGACCCUUUUUCAAUGGAAGCCUUGUCAACUUGCGAGGUUGAAAUGCCAAGUGAGAGGAGCCUUUUUAAAUUGGUGUAGAUAUAUAUAUAUGUGUCUUUGUUUUUCACUCUUGCCAUGGUGGGGCCCACUGCGAACAUGUCCUCUUACAACAGAAAGCCCAUUUAUUAGUUGGGCCGCAUGUGCACAUUUGAUAUGGAAUUUUUUGUUCCUUGUUCCUAUCCAUCCAAUUUUCUCA